UCCAGUCCUACCAGAACAAGGCUGUUCCCUCUGCUGCUCUGCUCUUCGUCUACAUGGACAGAGCCCACUCACUGCCUUUGAAGAAGAGUGGGAAGGAGCCAAAGGCUGGAGCUGAGCUUGUUCUGGGAGAGACAACAUAUAGAACCAAGGUAUGUGAUCGUACCAACUCCCCCCAAUGGGAAGAGGCUUUUUACUUCCUGGUUCGUGACCCCAGAGAGGAGAUUCUCAUAGUGAAGCUCUCCAGUGCUUGGGAUCAGGCGAUGGGUUCUCUGGUGGUACCAGUCAGAGAGCUGCUGUCAGAACCAGAUCUGGUCCUGGAUCAGUGGCUGAGACUGGAUGGAGCCUCACCUGACAGUCAGAUACUACUGAGGGCUGAGCUUAAGAUCCUGAACUCGAAGAUGACUGAGGGUGUUGGGGUACCACAAGGCUCUGUCUCAGGUCCACAAACUAUUAUGAGUGGGAGUUACAGUGAGGAGAAGGAACAAAUCACCAUUGAGCAGCCAGUUACUGCAAACAUUGGGGAGAAGCAACACAGUGAGCUGCCCUCUGAGGAAUCUGUUGCAGUCUCCAGCCAACCCUCUAUCUCUGAACCUGAGGAAGCAGAGGUUGUCUUUGAGGUCCCUAAAGAAGACCCCAGCCCUCCUGAGACACACCCCACACACACCACCCCUGACCCCAGCUUUGAUACUGAGAUAGAGGAGCCAGAGAAACUGAGGAACCUAUCACCAUCACCCAACUGUCAGUCACAAACAGACACUGAGGAGCUCCAACCCUGGCAGGGGCAAAUGGCAGGAUCUGUUACAGAGGACAUUGCCAGAGCUACAGUGUCUAGCCUUCCUUCUGUGUUUGUACAUGAGGAAGCUGAGGCCAUGCCUGAUGUCAUCCCUGAAACACGCCCUCCUCACACUACCCCUCACCCAAGUUUUGGAGCUGAGGGGGUGCUGAGAAUCCAUGUACUGGAGGCCCAGGAUCUGGUUGCCAUGGAUAAGCUGAUGGGGGCCUGAAGAAGGGCAAGAGUGACCCGUACGUCAAGAUCAACAUCGGAAUGGUCAAGUUUAAGAGUCAUGUGAUCAAGGAGAACCUCAACCCCACCUGGAAGAGAUG